GUGAACAUCUCAUUUCCCGGCGCCCCACCGAGGAAAGUAAGGGGAGGGGAGGGGAGGCGAGGCGGGGCAAUUAGAUAGAGAGAGAUGCGCAAUAGACUGAGAAGUCUCUUUCUAGAGAGAGAAAGGGACAAUAGUGGGGAGAGAAGAGUGAUACAGAGAGAAACACUUUGGAGAUCUAGAGAGAGAAACACUUUGGAGAUCUAGAGAGAGAAAAAGGGAGCAAUAGCAAAUACACGAAGAGCAAUAGAGACAGAGAAAGGGGAAAGAGACUAAACACUGAGAGGGGAAAAAGAAAGGCAGAGAAUGGCCUCCGUCGUCUCCUGCUCCUCUGAACCUGUAGUGCGUGCCCUGUGCCGGAGCAGCCCAGAGGCGUUCCGACUCAAAGUCAUCGCCAUCCCCAUCAUCCUCAUCACCAGCGUCGUUGGUGUCUCCUCUCCGGUUAUCCUCGCCCGCCGCCUCAAUUCCGACCCCGCAUAUGCCCGCCUCCUCCUCUGGGUAAAGUGCUUCGCUGCCGGAGUCAUCCUCUCGACAUCCUUCGUCCAUGUGAUGCCCGACGCGUUCCAGGCCCUUGCCGACUGCCGCAUCGCGACCCACCACCCAUGGCGUGACUUCCCCUUUUCCGGCCUCGUCACCAUGCUAGGUGCCCUCACGACGCUCCUGGUCGACCUUGCCGCCGCGUCAUCGCAUGCUGGCCACGGCACGCACUAUGUCCCUCUCGAGAAAGAGAACUCAGCUGCAACGAUGAACACAACUGGUGUUGCAGAGUUGGGUUCAGUCAAGGUGGGUUGCUGUGACAGGGAGGAGGAGGAGGAGGAGGGGGAGGCGGAGGUGGUGGGGAGGGGGAAGGAGAGCGUGGUGGCAAAGGUGUUGGAGGUGGGGAUCGUCUUCCAUUCAGUGAUCAUCGGGGCGACGCUCGGGAUGUCGCAGGAUCAGUGCACCAUAAGGCCGCUCGUGGCGGCUCUUGCAUUCCAUCAGAUCUUCGAAGGGAUGGGCCUGGGCGGCUGCAUCGCACAGGCUGGUUUUAGUGGGAAGACAAUGGCAUUGAUGUGCAUGAUGUUCUCCAUCACAACCCCCGCAGGGAUCAUACUGGGGAUGCUGGUCUAUUUCUUGACUGGAUAUGAUGACAACAACCCAAAAGCUCUGAUCAUGGAGGGAAUCUUGGGAUCGUUCUCUUCAGGGAUUUUGGUGUACAUGGCUUUAGUUGAUUUAAUUGCGGUGGAUUUCUUUCAAAACAAGAGCAUCAAAUCUUCCUCCAAGAUGAAAAUGGCCUCAUAUAUUGCCCUGGUCUUAGGAUCUGCAUCCAUGUCAUUGCUUGCAAUUUGGGCUUGAAACUCAAUAAACCCCCUCUCAAAACUCCAUUGUAAAUGGGUUCACAAAUUAGAGAUAGAAAUUUGAGUUUUAUAGUGACCCAAUUGGAUAGCAAUAAUGUUUAACUGUUGUUACUUGAGAGAGUAGUGUACAAGACUGCAAGUUUUAAUCCGAUGAAUUAGUUUUUGAAUGUUGACAUAUGAAAAAUUGAAGAGUA